GUGUGUAUGCCGAAACGUAAAUGCAAGCGACUCAUUUGUGUUGACUGCGCGCGUUUCGGAACGACCGUUCUAUUCAUUUCAGUAUAGCAGAAACGCUCCAUUCCACACGUAUUAGUCGUGUUUCUCGACCAUUUCACAGCUCUCGUUCUGUUCCAUAAGCAAGCCUGACAAUUCACGAUGGCUGAUGUGGAAUUUUCGGAGGAGAUUCGCGACCGUAUCCUCUAUCAUUGGUCGGAAUUGGGCGACCGACCGAAAAUCAUUUGGACUCGGUUGCAGGAGGAAGGUUUCAAUGUUGAUUUGAAUACCGUGCAAGCUCUGAUGCAAUGCGAGGACGAGGAGGCGACUGGGAGUGGAACGAUAGCGGAACACGAGAAUGAGGACAGCCGGAACGCCCGGGCUAGCGUUUCACCAUACCCCGAAGGGAAUUCUCCCGCUUCCAUCACGGAUUCGCCUAACAGCGUUCGAUCUCAUUCACGGCGAGGAAAAAACAGAGAGGGUAAAUCCGUCUUCCCUCAAAACAGACGUACGAAGCUGACACCUGAUGUGCUUAAUUUGAUAGAGAAAAUCCUCGAUACUGAUGCAGGUAUCUACUCUCUAGCUGCUUUACAGGCUGCCUUGCUUGUUAAAGGAGUUAAGAUAUCGAAAACUACUACAUUCAGAGCGCUUGAGAAAUUGGGAAGGAGCAUUGUUGUGAAGAAGAUGAACUUUCCGAACCGCAUUGACGUGGUCCCCGUACCAGAGCAUUUGGUCAAGAACACCCACUUUGACACCAAUCCCAAGUAUGGCGUGCGCAGCACUACAUUUACAUCAGAGGGCAAAAGACGGCAUCAUACCCUCACCAUACGCGAAAUGGAAUCUCUGGGAUCGCAGCCCCAACUUAGCCAAGACGAACACGAAUCUGUUCCGACGACCACGAUGACGGUGCCAACAUCCUCUUCGACGAGCGUUUCGUCUUCGUCAGGAGCUCGUCGGAUGGAGACCGAGACUUCUGCUCCGAUACUGGUUUUGCCCCCGAAGAAGGCGGCGACUGCGACGUCGUCGUUGAAGUUGGUUCUUGGUCAAGGGGGGACGACGACGUACACAUCGGCUCCUCUAGAUGACGAGCCCGUCAACGAGCAGGGCGAUGAUAAGGAAGGGAACAAACCGGAUGAGAUGGAAACACAGGAAUCUGUCCGAAGUCAAUCACCAGCUGAUAAGCCAGCAGUGCUGAAGGUAAAGAAAGAGGUUGUCGAGGAGGAAGAAGAGGAGGACUAUGAGAUCAAAGUUGAUGAUGAUUAUGAGUUGAACGUUGAGGAAGAAGAAGUACCUCCAGGACGGUAUGAAGAAAGACCAGGAAGCCAGGAGCAACCAGAAGACUUGGUGAUCCGUAGGGGUGGCCCUAGGGCAAGAGACAGGAUGCCUCCUGCAGUGUCAUCCUGGAUGGAGAGAGCACAAGAUAAUGAUGAAGAGGCUGCCAUUAUGGAGGCGAGGGCGAUUUCUCGACGUCGUCUGUCACAACCUAGAGAUCAAUCAUUGAUGGGCUCGGAUGAGGAGUUUGACUCCGACCCAGAGGCUGAUGUUAUCCCGAAGAGACCGUCAUCACUCGGAAGGUCAUCAGUUGGUUCUGCCCACAGUGCCCAUAGUGCACACAGUGCUAGUUCUCGAGCCACGCACUUCUCGCAUGGCUUCCCAAAGACUCCCGAAGACAUGGCUAGGUCAGGUCGAAGCAGCAGUACUCUUACAUCACAAAGUGGUAGUUCUGGUGGCAGCGGUGGGAUGGAACGAAGCCGCAGAUCGCCAAUGACUUCAUCAGCGACCAAUGCUGCUAUGGCUGCAAGGAUGGGCCACUUCCCACUCACCUUUCACAGAUCUCAGAUGUGCAACGCAGCAGCAAUGGCUGGCCGUCUCGCCCACGGCAUCACGCCGGAAAUGGGGGCACCCUUCCAUGUCGGGCAACGUCGGCUCCCCCUGUCUGCAGGAAGGGGUGGUGUAAAGCAACCUUUCAUGAGCAAGUUUCAGCGGAACAUGAUUGGCAUGAGACAGGGUAUGGCAUCAGGUAUACCUAGACGUAUGCAGAGGAUGUCUCCAGGAUUCCCACAUGGUAUCCCGCUACACAGGUACCAGAAGAUGCUGCGCAUGCACCAUGCUAUGGGUAAAGCCAUGCGGGGAAUGCAUCACUUCGGUCGAGGGAAAGGCAGAGGCAGGUGUCAUGGCGAGGCAUCGGGUAGACAUAUGAGGAGAAUGAACGAAUCUCACGAUAGAACCUCGCCGCAGCACAGCCCGGGCAAUUUCAGCGGGGAUGAGAUUUCUCCAGAGUUGGAGAUUGACCCUCCGGAGACCUAUGGCGAGUUUGCAGAGAGGAUUUUCUCAAGCAACCGCAACCAAAGGCAAAUGGACACCUCAACAGAAUCUAGUGGAACUGAAAAAUGGAUGGAGGACAUCUCUCAUCGCCUGGAGGUCAUUGAGAAUCAGCUCCAGGUCAUCAUGGAGCACCUUCCUUUCAUGGGUGGAGCCGAGAUGCAGAGUGUCUCGUCAGAUCCUGGUGGAGCAGGCAGCGAGGUGGACUCUGGUCUCCAGGAAGACAGCGGCGCAGGACCAGGAGGAGCUGGCGAUGACAGGAGCGGAGGUGGAGACACAGAGAACGGUGGAGAACGAGGUGGACAUGGAGAGAGGUCGUCCGAGAAUGGCGGAGAAGGAGCCGGAGAAAAGUGCGAGGGUGGAGACAAGGGCGAGAGAAAACGCUCAGAUAGCAGCGGGAGCACCGCAGGAUCUUCAUCACGUGGAGCUGCUGCUGGAGCCCCAAGUGGAAGAGAACGAGGUGGAGGGAGACACCUCGCAACAAAGAGACCAUACCCAGGAGCCAAGGAGACUGGAUCCCGGUGUGGAGAUUCAAGAUUGGGCUCCAGGCCUGGUGGUCCAGGUUUACCAGGAACCAAAGGAAGACUGAACCAAGAAAGGCCCAUGCAAGAUGAUGGAGUCAUGAUCAUCGAUGACCAGUCCGAAGAGGGACAAUUUCAAGACAACCUGUCUGAUUUUGGAGCUAUGCCAAACAUGAAUCAAACUCAGACAGAUGUUCGCAUACAGAUGGUCAUGCAGGACUCGAGGUGGGAUGAGAUGACUCCCUACGCCGGAGCUCCCCGGCUGGCGAUUGCUCUCGCCCGCUACUGCAUCUUCGGCACUAAGAUUCUUAUCCGUUCAUCAGUGACUGGCCGUAACAGUAAACAUCCACUCGACUUCGCAGGCAUGAGAAAAAUAAAACAUCUCCUUUUUCAGAAAUACGGAGCCAGAUGCAGCCUAGUGGAAUUUGAAGUGAUAUGGAAGACGUCACGUGAGAGCAUUUCCCAACUGUGUAAACGACUACGGAGAAAGUUCAAUGUGGCGGGCAUGGGACAAGGCGGUCACGAUGACUUUAUGCCUAUGGACGAAUUUAUGGUCGGCUGCCCUCUCUUGACGUGAAACGGCACAGUUGUUAGAGAGGACAUUGAAAGAAAACUUAACCGGUGAUACAUGUUCUGAUGUUCACUGGAAACGAACGAUAUCACCAAGCAAAUAGAAAAAAAAAUGUUGAAUGGAUUCAAGAUAAAGGAGUCAUUCAUUCCCUGACAAGUCGGAUAUUUCCUAAUAGAAAUGAUGUUAGUCAAGAGGAGUAUGUAAGAAGACAAUGUUUUAUUUUUUUUACAAAAAAGGGAUUUGCAAUGGAAGGCCUAUAAAAUUUCUUUCUUCAUCCCUUACUAUGUUAAUGAAAAGGCUGAAACUUUAAACGUCAUGCAUUCUUCUAUGCGGUGGUUCUCAACAUAAUUUGGAGCCGUUUUCACGAAGCGUUUCAUCGUAGAUUUCCAUUUAUGAGCUGUACUAAACUGCAUGAUAUUGUCUGAGAGCAGGCUCGUUAAAUGUAAAGCUCAAACAGGGUGCUUUGUAAAACGGCUACCAGUCUGGGACUCAAAUCGAGUUGAAUACCUUGAAUUUGGAUUACCCCACGUAAAUCAGCUUUUCAUAUCACUUGUGAAAAAAUGAAAAAAUUUACAAAUUCAAUUGAUGACUGAAGAAGUUACUGAGAAAGUUCCACAUGUAUUCCCUACGUAUAAGUUGCAUCUCGAUUUACGAUUAUUUCUCUCGGUAUAAUGGCUCAAAUAGUGGUUUAGAAGCGCACAUGAAUUGUGUACAUUAUUGAUUGUCGUUUAUGACAUAAUGCAAGUUUGUGGAAUAGGCAAUAAUUUUCAUUGGCCAACAUGUAUUUUUCUGUUACCCAUGGGAAUGCUAGCAGUAAUAGUAUUUCAGAUUUUCCCUAUUAUCUUUAAAAUUGCAUAUUGCCUCAUUCUGAGCAUUGCAUAUGUCAAGGUCAGGAUAAAAUACUGUUAGAAAUGUAAAAUAAAGGGGGAAAUCUGACAAUUUAUGUACAAAACAAAAUGGAGGGUUCUCCACAAGAUCAGACAUUUUGAAGCAUGUUUCCCAAUUUGAAGAUCCCCUAAGAAAGAAUUUUCAACUCGCUUAUUCUAUAACCGAUUUUGAUGCAACUUGUUUUAAAUUGUUCCUCUCAUUUUACCCUUUCAAAUAAGAUUGAUUCUCUGUUUUGGUUUCCUUUAAAAAAUUGAUCAAUAACGCGCCAUGUUGAGGUCAGCCGCUGCGGAAACACUGAAAAGUACUACAGCGCACACGAAGUUGUUCACUUUUGUUUUCUCUUGCACGUGUGCGGGUUGUGCGUGUGUAUUUCUUUUUAUUGUCCCACACACUUUUAAUUGUGUCAUGAAGUAUUUUUUCCUUAGUUUAUUUCCAAUUGAUCUAAUGCCAAUUCGUCAAUUUUUCCAAUAUCCACAUGGUCUAAUUACCAUUUCGUCCAA